UUUUUUUAUUAAUAAAUAUAGCGACAGUACUUAGCCAAUUAUAUUUUCGAGCACGCUUCUCAAUGCUACAUACGAUAUACACUGAAUACGAUGCUUCUCGCAAGAGACCAGGUUUUCCAUCUGUCGCGUUUAGAUGCUCCAUGCUGAGCGACGCCGGGCCGGGUUAUCUUCGCAGAUAUUUCUUGUCACAUAACCUCUCUGCGGGAAAAAAACCAUAAUCCAUCAAUUUGUAUUAUAUUCUUCGUAUAUUUGUAUAUAUAUUCUUGGAGCCGGUGUAUAAUAAAAAGAUGUACAAGCGCGCGGUGACCGGUGGUGUCACAACACUGGCGAGGAACUUGGGAUUUGUUAAGGAUCACGCGUUUGCGAGCGUGGGAAAUAAAAUGUUCGGCUCGGCCGCCCAGAACUCGUGGUACAAACCGUCGAACCCGAUAAACACUGUCAUAAUGUUCGUUCCGCAGCAACAGGCAUGGAUCGUAGAACGUAUGGGAAAGUACCAUAAAACUUUAGAGCCAGGUCUGAACAUUUUGCUUCCUGUCGUCGAUAAAGUUAGGUACGUGCAAAUCUUGAAGGAAUUGGCGAUAGACGUGCCGCAGCAAAGCGCAGUCACGUCAGACAAUGUGACUCUAAGCAUCGACGCGGUAUUGUACUUGAAAGUGUUCGAUUCCUAUCUGGCGUCCUAUGGCGUUGAGGACCCUGAGUUUGCUGUGAUUCAAGUUGCCCAGACCACCAUGAGAUCUGAGCUAGGAAAAAUAUCGUUAGACAAAGUAUUCAGGGAAAGGGAGGGGUUGAAUGUUUCCAUUGUUGAGAGUAUCAAUAAGGCCAGCGAGGCAUGGGGAAUAAGAUGCCUGCGAUACGAGAUACGGGAUAUAAGAUUACCAUCGAGGGUGCAGGAAGCAAUGCAAAUGCAGGUGGAAGCCGAGAGAAAGAAACGUGCCGCGAUAUUGGAGUCGGAAGGCGUUAGGCAGGCUGAGAUCAAUGUGGCCGAGGGCAAGCGACUCGCGCGAAUUUUAGCUUCUGAAGCAGCAAGGCAGGAGCAAAUAAAUAAGGCCACUGGAGAAGCCGCUGCAGUCGUGGCAGUCGCGGAGGCACGAGCGAAGGGAUUACAAGUAGUUGCGAAUGCCCUUGGCGUCACGGACGCGAAAAACGCAGCGGCGCUCAGCGUGGCGGAACAAUAUGUCAAUGCGUUCAACAAGUUAGCAAAAGUUAAUAAUACAUUGAUACUACCAAGCAACGUAGGAGACGUUUCGACAUUUGUAGCACAGGCAAUGGCAAUAUAUAAACAAGUUAUGCCCAACAAUAGCGAGCAAAUAAGACAAGUGACGAGUAAUCAAUCAGACGUCUCGGAUGGAGUACAGAUGGAGGAUUCUGAUGAAACGUUUGAGUACAUCAGCGAUAAGGAAGAAGCUGAGAAACACAGAAAAACGAAAAAAAAGACCGAACCGGAAAAUCGAAUAUUAUAAAAUUUUAUAUCUGUAAUAAAAAAAAUAUUUUCAUACAUCUUCGGCAUGUUAUUUAAUUAAGUUUUGCGAUAUAAAUAUCACGAUAUACGACCAUAAAGCAUUGAGCCGAA